GAAGAAGUUCAGUUUCAGCGUGCGCUCUAUUCUUCGUGAUGCUGGUCUAAAUAGAAACGUCGGGACUGAGUUUUGAAUCAAGCAGGAAUAUCUGGAAGAGGAUCUGCUGCAGUGAAGAUGAUGUUUGUUAAAGAAGAGAUUGAGGAGAACACGAGAGAACCAGGAACAUGGAGAAUAAAACGCGAGGAAACUGAAACCUGGAGAAUACAUCACAAGGAACCAGAAACUUUGAGAAUAAUACAAGAGGAACAAGGCCUGAUGAAAGUGAAAGAAGAGGGACAAGAUCUGAAUGAUGUGGAGGAGAAAAAUCACGAUCAUGAAGACACUGGAGAAACACUAGUGAGAUGGAGCAUUCAGAAAACAGACGUCAAAAGGCCUUUCAGCUGCUCUCAGUGCGGAAACACUUUCAAACGCAAAGAAAACCUUAAGAAUCACAUGUUAGUUCAUGCUGAAAUAAAGUCUUUCACCUGCUCUCAGUGUGGGAAGAGUUUUACACAGAAAGGAAGCCUCAAUAAGCACAUGUUAAUUCAUGCUGGAAUAAAAGCUUUCAGCUGCUCUGAAUGUGGAAAGAGUUUCACACAGAAAGGACAACUUAAGAUUCAUUUGGUAACUCACUCUUCGGAAAAGCCUUUCAGCUGCUCUCAGUGCGGAAAGAGUUUUACACAGAAAGGAAGCCUCAGUGAUCACAUGUUAAUUCAUGCUGGAUUAAAGCCUUUUAGCUGCUCUCAGUGUGGAAAGAGUUUUACACAGAAGGCAAACCUCAAUACCCACAUGUUAAUUCAUGCUGGAAUAAAGUCUUUUGGCUGCGCUCAGUGUGGGAAAUGUUUUACACAGAAAGAAAGCCUCGAGAGGCACAUGUUAAGUCAUGCUGGAAUAAAGUCUUUUUGUUGCUCUCAGUGUGGAAAGAGUUUUACACGGAAAAGGCAACUUACAAUUCAUUUGCUAACUCACACUUCAUAAAAACCUUUCGCCUGCUCUCAGUGUGGAAACGAUACCUUUGAAUCGCAUGUUAAAGGGGUCAUCAGAUGCCCAUAUUAAACCUAAGUUAUCGGUUUAAUAUCAUAGGAUGUGACAUAGAACAGGUUUCAGUAUAUUGGCAUGAAGUCCGCUUCUCUUGAGGUUAUUUUAUUUAUUUUUUUUUAAUAACAUCAUAAUCUAAUGUGUAAACAUCUGUUCAUAGACAUGUUUUAAUGUGAUAAAAUUAUAUUAAUUUUCAUAAGUCUUAAAUAUCUCCAUUACAGCCAUGCCCCGCCC